AUGCUGCGGAUUCGUGUGGGGCUCUCACCCACCAAAACCCCCUCCUCAACAAUACAACCCACGCACCCUCACCCACGCACCCUCACCCACGCAACCUCACCCACGCAACAUCACCCACGCAACAUCACCCACGAAACACAACUCACGUCUCCCACCCACGCAACCCAACCCACGCAUCCCAACCCACGCCUUCCUCCCACGCACCCCAACCCACACAACCUCACCCACGCAACACCACCCACGCCUCCCACCCACGCAGCCUCACCCAUGCAACCUCACCCACGCUACCCAACACACGCCUCCCACCCACGCAUCCCAACCCACGCAACCCAACACACGCGACCCACCCACGCCACCAACCCACGCCUCACACCGACGCAUCCCAACCCACGCAACCCAUCCCACGCAUCUUACCCACGCCUCCCACCCACGCACUCCAGCCCACGCACUCCAGCCCACGCACCCCAGCCCACGCACCCCAGCCCACGCACCUCACCCACGCAUCCCAGCCCACGCACCUCACCCACUCAACCCAACCCACGCACCUCACCCACUCAACCCAACCCACGCAACCUCACCCACGUAACCCAACACACGCCUCCCACCCACGCAACCUCACCCACGUAA